AUGAGAGUAAGUCUGUCCACACUGGAGCUGCAUGAUCGUUCCAACCUUUCAGUUACUGAGGAAGAGGGAGAGCCCGUAAGGCGAAGGUCAGGCGGGGAGGGCGCGGGCAGCGGGGGCUGCGGAACAUGGCCGAAAGCGGAGCCCCCGCCCGCCCCCGGGCACGGCCGCGGCGGGCGGGCAGCUCUCGGCAACCCCCCGGGGCCAGGAGAGCCGUGGGGGCCGGGACCCGGCCCCAGAGAGCCCCCAGAGGGGAGCCAACCACGCUCGGGAGUCAGGGGAAGAGCCCGUGAGAGCGGGCGGGGGUGUGCAGGGGACGCACCUUUCAGCGUCCCCCCGGUAUCUCGUCCUCCUCCUCGGGACGGCGGUGACUCCAGCGGCGGCGGGGCUGCGGCGGCGGAGCGCUCUGCGGGACGGGGCCGCCCCCGCCUCGCCAGGGCUCCACGGCCGCCGCUGCCCGGGGCGGCGGAGGGAGCGAGGCGCCUUUCCCGGCGGGCCGGGGGCGGGGGCUGCGGGCGCGUACCGCCCCGCAGGGCCCGGGAGGGACGGGGAGAGCUGGGGAGGGGCCGCGGGGCGGCCGCGGGGCAGCGCCGGCGACUCAGUCGAGCCGUGGACAGAGGGCGCGGGGCCGCACGGGAAGGUUGGCCCGGGACCGACCGCUCCUCUCCGGUGGUGGAGAGCGGGUUUCUCCCACCGGAUGGCUGCCCUCGGGACGGUCGCUAG